AUGGGACCUGUGUUUCUUGAUCACCGAGAUGAGCUUGAAGGAACAUACAAGGUUUACUGCCAGAAUCAUGAUGAGGCCAUCUCUUUGCUGGAAAUCUAUGAGAAGGAUGAGAAGAUCCAGAAGCAUCUUCAGGACUCCUUGGCAGAUCUUAAGAGCCUGUACAAUGAAUGGGGAUGCACAAAUUAUAUUAACCUGGGCUCCUUCCUCAUCAAACCAGUGCAGAGAGUAAUGCGUUACCCAUUGCUGCUGAUGGAGUUAUUGAAUUCCACCCCUGAAUCCCACCCAGAUAAAGUGCCUUUAACCAAUGCAGUCCUUGCAGUCAAGGAAAUCAACGUUAACAUUAAUGAGUAUAAACGUCGAAAGGACCUGGUUCUCAAGUACCGAAAAGGUGAUGAAGAUAGCCUCAUGGAGAAAAUUUCCAAAUUGAACAUCCACUCCAUCAUCAAGAAAUCCAACCGGGUUAGCAGUCACCUGAAGCAUCUCACUGGCUUUGCUCCACAGAUUAAAGAUGAAGUAUUUGAAGAAACAGAGAAAAACUUCCGAAUGCAAGAAAGAUUGAUCAAGUCUUUUAUCCGAGACCUGUCUCUCUACCUCCAGCACAUCCGGGAAUCAGCAUGUGUGAAGGUGGUAGCUGCCGUGAGCAUGUGGGACGUGUGCGUGGAGAAGGGACACAGAGACUUGGAACAGUUCGAGAAGGUGCAUCGCUACAUCAGUGACCAGCUCUUCACAAACUUUAAAGAGAGGACAGAGCGGCUGGUCAUCUCUCCGCUGAAUCAGUUACUGAGCAUGUUCACAGGACCCCACAAGCUGGUACAGAAACGCUUCGACAAACUUCUGGACUUCUAUAACUGUACAGAACGGGCGGAGAAGCUGAAGGACAAGAAAACCCUGGAGGAGCUGCAGUCGGCGCGGAACAACUAUGAGGCUCUGAAUGCCCAGCUGCUAGAUGAGCUGCCCAAGUUCCACCAGUACGCGCAGGGCCUCUUCAGCAACUGCGUGCACGGCUAUGCAGAGGCCCACUGUGACUUCGUGCGUCAGGCCCUGGAGCAACUGAAGCCGCUGCUCUCGCUACUCAAAGUCACCGGUAGGGAGGGGAACCUGAUUGCCGUCUUCCAUGAGGAGCACAGCAGGGUCCUGCAGCAGCUCCAGGUUUUCACCUUCUUCCCAGAGUCUCUUCCCACCACCAAGAGACCAUUUGAGAGGAAAACCAUGGACCGCCAGUCCACCCGAAAGCCACUCCUCGGCAUGCCAAGUUACAUGCUCCAGUCAGAAGAACUUCGGGCCUCACUCCUGGCAAGGUAUCCCCCUGAAAAGCUCUUCCAGGCAGAACGGAACUUCAAUGCAGCCCAGGACCUGGAUGUCUCACUUUUGGAAGGUGACCUGGUGGGUGUGAUCAAGAAGAAGGACCCCAUGGGCAGUCAGAACCGCUGGCUGAUUGACAACGGAGUCACCAAGGGCUUUGUGUACAGCUCCUUCCUGAAGCCCUACAACGCGCGCCGCAGCCACUCCGACGCCUCGGUGGGCAGCCAGUCCCCCUCCGAGUCCGAGCACGGCGGCUCCUCCCCCAGGUUCCCGCGGCGGCAGAACAGCAGCGGCACCUUGACCUUCAACCCCAGCAGCAUGGCUGUGUCCUUUAGCUCAGGGCCUUGCCAGAAACAGCCUCCAGAUGUGUCUUCCCAGACAGAAUUUGACCAAGGAACUCUCAGCACAUCCUUAAACUCAGAGGGCAGUCCUUCCAAAUGCCCCUCGGACCCAGACUCCCCCUCCCAGCACAGGCCCUGGGACUCGGGCGAUGCGGUCAAAGACCUUCACCAGCCUGCCCCUACCCUGAGGAACUCCCGAAGCCCCAGGCAUCCAGAAAUGGCUGGUUCCUCUGUGCCAGGGCGUAACGGGCAGGGUCGAGACCUUGUAAAAGCCGGUGCAAGAACAGCGCUGUCUCUGGACGACAGACAAGAUCAGCCAGCGAGCAGCGAGGCGGAAGGCAACCAGGUCUAUUUUGCUGUUUAUACCUUCAAGGCACGGAACCCAAAUGAACUGAGUGUGUCAGCCAAUCAGAGACUCAAGAUCCUAGAGUUUAAAGAUGUUACAGGAAAUACAGAAUGGUGGUUAGCUGAAGUCAAUGGGAAAAAGGGUUACGUUCCAUCCAAUUAUAUCCGCAAAGCUGAGUACACCUGAGCCUGUUCUGCUUCCCAUUCAUCCUUGCUGCCUUCACUUCCUUCUGCUGAAGGGUUCUGGUAUCCACCAAGAGGGCUCCUGCUCCUGAGACACUGGCCCUGCCACAUUGCUUAACCAUGGCACCAGUGGGGCCUAAGUCUUGUUCUCUUCGAUUGGGUUGUCAGCCUUGAUGCUCACUAGAAUCUCUAGAAUUCGAAAUGGACCCUGGUGCUUACAAGUGAUUCAGUGACCGUGAAAAGAGAAGCAAGUCCUGGGGUCAGCCUUUGGCAAUGAGAGAUUUCCAAUCAGAAGACCAGUAUCCAAUAUAUGCUAGAAGCUGUGCUAUAGCAUUAGAAGAAGUUGAUGUUGGUUGUGCCGUAUUGAGUGGGGUGGCCCCAUGCUCCAUGAUCAACUGACCAGAAACCGACUUGGAUGAAUUCUCUGGGAGCCCUUUCAGGCUGCACCUCUGCAUAUGCCAAGAAGUUUGUCAACAUUGUACCAAAUCUGGUGUUUUAAAACCUCAGUGUCUGGCACAUAUUUGCACACACACCCCUUAUUUCUAAACAUCCCUAAAACACUGUCAUCUGUCAUCUUUUUCUUAUUUAUUUCACCACAUUUCCAGAUUGGGCAAAAUUCAACUAUUGAGUCAGCUAAAAACGUUCAUUUGGGUUUUUCUGUAAGAUCUUAUGGAAAAACCCAGACGAACUUUCUGGCCAACCUAGUACUACUUUCUCCUUUUAAAAAAUGUUUAGAAUCUUCCUUUCCCCUGAACCUUCAUAGGAAAGGUUCUCUUCACAUUAGGUGCUAUCCUCCACACCUUGCUGACACCAUCUCUAUAUGGUCUGUGUACGAUAAUGUUUCCUGGCUUCUUUGCUGAAGCUCAAUAGUUGAUAGACUUUCUUGGGAGAGCGGAAUCGGAGCUCCUACUGUUCCCUUCGGGGGAUUCAUUCUGCAGUGGGCUGAAGCCAGUCCAGCCCAGAGGGAGACUGGAUGCCUCUCCCUUCCUCCAAGCACACUACUGUCCACAGAUGAAGAGACGUAACGCACGUUUAUCUCAUUUGAAUUUGGAUAAGCAGUCCCGAAGUAGCUUAUCCUAGACUUGGAAAUAAGCAUUUUCUGUUUCAUCAGCCCCCCUGCUUCAGAGACCAUGGUCUAAGCCAAACAGAAUCUAAAGUGCCUGAUUGUACCUCCUCCACCUCAGGAAGAUGUUUACUGAUCCUAACACUAAGGUCCCCCCUGAAGUUUGUAUGUGAGCAGGGCUCUUAUUCUUAAGGUCUGCCCCAGAUUGAAAGCUUGCCUUGGAACAGGAAAUCAUGAAUUUUGUCUUGCAAGAAAGGGCAUGAAGAAUAGCGUACAGCCCUUGCUCCUCCAAAUGCACCUUCACCUUAAAGUCUUGAUCAGUCGGGAGACACCCGGGGGCUCCUUGGCAACCCCGGGGUCUGCUGGUCGAUCAGAAGGCAGCAACACAAGUCUCUCGUGAAUAGUGUUUAUAUCUAGAGAUGUUUAUAUUUAAGUAGUUAUUUUAUAAAUAAAAGCAUUUUAAGGGCCAUAA